AAGAAUUAUUGGACCGACAUUUUGAUUUUCGACUUGUUAUUUGGAAACUCUGUGCCAAUUUCUAUGGUGGAAAUCAUCUGUUUUAGAUAAUAAUGCGACCAAUCCCGAAAACUCCUUCUUCGACGAAGACCCCGCGCAGUGCGAAGACACCAAGACGACCUACAGGCAACAAGGAUCCUGUCGAGGUGUAUUGCCGAGUCAGACCUCUCGGCAAUAAUGAAGAAGAAUCUUGCGUUCACAUUAUCAGCGAUACUGUGUUACAGCUAACAGCGCCAAAGAAUUCUGCAGGAUACAAGUCUGGCCACCGAAUAGAGACACAACAUACAUUCAAAAAGAUUUAUGAUGAGAAGACAUCCCAGAAGGUGCUUUAUGAUAAUGUGGCCAUGCCCUUGGUUGAUGAUUUGAUUCAUGGUAAAAAUGGUUUGAUAUUUGCUUAUGGUAUCACUGGGUCUGGUAAGACACACACCAUGACAGGAAUGCCCAGUGACAGUGGCUUGCUUCCAAGGUGUUUAGAUGUCAUCUUUAACUCUAUUGGAGAAUUGCAGGCUCCUAAAUAUGUCUUUAAACCAGACAAAUCCAAUGGCAUUGAAAUACAAACAGAACUUGAAGCAAAACUUGAGAAAGAAAAACGUGUAAAAGAAGCUGCUCUCCAGGCAGCUCAAGGAGGUAGAAACAGGAAUGCUGAUAAUGACUUUGCUGAUCUCAUAAGAGUAGCUGAGACAGGAGUUAUUUCUGGAGUGGAUGAGGAUAACAGCUAUGCAGUGUUUGUGUCAUACUUUGAAAUAUACAACAACUACAUUUAUGAUCUGCUUGAUGAGACUCCUGUGGAUCCCAUUUGUCCAAAACCACCAGUUUCAAAAAAUCUUAGAGAAGACAUGAAUCGUAACAUGUAUGUCAGUGGUGUCACAGAAAUUGAAGUCAAAAGCACAGAAGAGGCUUACAGCAUAUUCUGGAAAGGCCAAAAGAAAAGGCGUGUCGCCAACACAGUACUGAAUCGUGAGUCCAGUAGGAGCCACAGUGUGUUUGCCAUCAAACUUGUACAAGCACCAUUAGAUCCUGAUGGUGAAGAGGUCUUGCAGGACAAAAAUCAGAUUGCUGUAGCCACAUUAUCACUGUGUGAUCUAGCAGGGUCUGAGAGGACAAAUAGGACCAGAGCUGGUGGAGACAGACUGCGAGAAGCAGGUAACAUCAAUGCAUCCUUGAUGACAUUAAGAACUUGUAUGGAGGUUCUAAGAGAGAACCAAGCAAAUGCUGAGAAUGGUGUUUCUCCAAAGAUUGUCCCCUAUAGAGACACAAAGUUGACUCAUCUGUUUAAGAAUUUCUUUGACGGAGAAGGAAAGGUGCGCAUGGUGGUCUGUUUAAACCCCAAUGCUGAUGAUUAUGAUGAGAGUGUGCAUGUCAUGAAAUUUGCAGAAGUUACACAAGAUGUUGUUAUAGCCAGACCAGAGUCAGUCAGAUUUGACACUGGACUAACUCCAGGAAGAAGAAGAGCAAAUCAAAUGUACAAGGAAGUUCUAGCAAAGGUUGAAGAAAGUAAUGGUGACGGUGAAACUGUGAUUGUAGCCAAGCCAGUUCAUACCAUGGGACCGCCUUUCCCUCUAUUUGAGUUGAAUUCUCCAGAAGAUAGCACAACACUGGUAAAUUUGAUGCACUACCUUCAAGAUAGACAAAGACGGCGACAAACCCUUAUUGAUGAUUUGUCAAGAAAAGAGGGAGUUUUCAGGGCUCAUCUAUUGGCAUUGGAAAAAGAAAACAGUCAAGCAAAUGGAAUUGUAGCAAGCCUUAAAGCAACAAUUGAGGAGAAAGACAGAGAUAUUCAGAAACUUGAAAGAAGGCUGAAGGCGCUAACACAAAAGAACGAGAUGCUUCAGAAGACGGCAGAGAUGUACGAACAAGACAAGAAAGAACUACGAUAUGAGCUGGAUGAUCAGAAGAAAAGAGCAGACAAAGAGAAGACCGACAAACUUAAAAUGCGCCAGGCCUUGAAAGGAGUUGUGUCACAAGAAAAGGGAAAAUGGGAACGGGAGUGUUCGAAACGCGUCAAGGACAAGGAAAUGGAGAUGCAGGCCAAAAUGUGGCAGAAAGAGGAAAAACUAAGACAACUCAAGGAGAUUGUGCAGAAUAUGAAGACGAAUGACUCGGGUCCUGUUACUCGUGCUCAACUUAAAGCCGCCUCCAUGCCUAGAUCGAAGUCUCCACCGCCUGUUUCCAGAAAGCCUCCGAUCAAAUCUCGUCACAGACGAUCCAAGUCUUCGGAUUGUUGGAUAGAGCACAAACCCUUGACUCACCUAGAAACAGGCACAGUAAUGAAACCGUCGAUAAAGAACAAGAAAACCGUUGCCAGGCCUGGUGAGAAGGACUUCAAAGACACUAAUGCCACAAACUAUGUUUUAGCCCACCAAGAGGAAGAUUCUGCUGGUGAAAUUGAGACUAAGUUGAUCAAAGGAGACGUGUACAAGACUGUGGGAGGAGGUCACUGCAUCCAGUUUACAGAGGUGGAAACUUUGAAAACAAGAUCUGACGAGCUAACUAGUCCGGGACGAAAACGACACGCGUCUGACUCGAUCGAUGAUGAGAGCCAUUCCAGCUGGACUGAUGUGGAAACAAGGUGUUCAACGGCAAUCGAAGGCAGACCUGGGACUGGACCCAGUUAUUGUCACACUGCAGCUAAGAAAAAGAAGCCUUAGAGAUGUCACUUCUGCAAUGUGUCGGGUGGUUUCUUGUACAAAUAUCGUGCGUCCUCUGCUGUGGCGGGAUCUAGACUCGAGACUGACGAGAAACAUAAAUUACCUUGCUAAUUGAUUUCGAUCGUCAAACUAUGAUGUGGACAUUUAUUUGCCCAUAGCUUAAAGAAAUAGUUUUAACAAAUGAAAUCCCUUGUAAAUGAACCCCUCCUUCGGAGCGAAAGUUAAGGAUAUCAAAUAAAGCUUCUUCAGAACGGUCAUGAUAGUUGGUAAUAGUUUUAACUUUCAUUCGCUAUCAUUAACUAUCAUGUUUGCUUUCAAACGGCUCAUGACAGUAGAUGGUAGUGGUAGUUGAAACUAUCGUCAACUAUCAUGACCGUUUUAAGAGGCAAGUUGAGUUAUACCAACGGCGCUAUCAUUCUGUUUCUUUGAAUACAUAGUUGACUCUUAUCGAUUACUGAUGUUCCAUUUUUUAAUCUUUUGUUUCCAUUUUAGUAUUUUUUUUUCACUUAAUCCACCGAUAAGUGGUCAAUGUAAAAAG